AUUUAGAAAUAAAAAGCUACGGUUCCGCCUCAUAGAGUUUAUUUAACUGAACUAAACUCGUGGCUUAAGAGAAACUUUUCUUGUGCUAAUGUCGUUUUAACGUUUUAGUCUUUGCAGGCACGAACGUUGAAAUAACACGAUUUUGAAUUUUAAAUAAAGUUACUUAAAUACGAUGCUAACGCGAAGCUAAAGCUUAAUGACUCAACAAAAAUUAAAUGCGUCAAAUUCCUGAUGAGGUUCUGCACCAUGAAGCUGCGAGUUCGGAUCAGCAGACAGACGAGCCGGGUGGAGUUAGAUGGAGAGGAGCCGAGUCUGAAGGAGCUCAUCGAUCACAUCAGGGACUCUCUGCUGUCGUCACAUGGGCUCAGCUCAGACACAGAUUUCAGUUUGUCUCUGAACGGCUCUGAGCUCCUGACGGACUCGGGUCAGACUCUGUCGUCCUGCGGCAUCGUCUCUGGAGAUUUGAUCUGCGUCGUCCUGCCGCCGUCUGUAGCCUCCGCCAUCGCCACCUCCACCUCCAGCCCCGCCCCCUCUGCCUCAGUGUCCACCUCCACCCCCACCACCAGCUCCACCACCAGCUCCAGCUCCACCUCCAGCUCCACAGACCGGAGGCUCUGCCGGCCGGACGCCAGCACGGACCAGCCGAGCAGCAGCAGCAGCAGCAGCAGCGUCCGUCCUGCAGGUCCUGAUCAGACGCUGGAGACGCUGGAGACGCUGGAGACGCUGGAGACGCUGGACGCUGAAGCUCCGUCCGUCUGGGAGCCGAUGCUGUGUGACGAGGCUGAGGAGGGAGAAGCUCCUCUGUCCCUGGAGCGUCUCUACCACUCGGCCCAGAUCAGCUGCCCCAGCGACGCCGUGGUAACGGCCGGACACCUGCUGAUGCUGGAGACCGGCUUCAUUCCUGAGGGCUGUGGGCUGAGGACAGACCAGAUGCCGGUCGGAUGGAAAUCCACGUCUGGCGUCUAUAAGCUGCAGUUCUCUCACCCUCUGUGUGAGAGCAGCUUGGCCUCGGUCGUGGCCGUUUGCAUGGGACCAAUGCUCGUCAUCAACACGUCUCUGAAGGUGAAAGACAGCGUCAGCACCGUCUGUAAGCUGAGUCUGAACCCCUCUGAAUACACCACCCUCCACUGGAACGGUCAAAGUGCUGCCGCCGCCUUCAGACGUCUCAGGAAACUGUCUCGUCUGUUCAAGGACCAGCUGGCGUAUCCUCUGAUCUCUGCAGCCAGAGAAGCGAUGUCCCUCCCCGUGGCCUUCGGUCUCCCCGUCCUCCCUCCAGAGCUGCUCCUCCGAGUCCUGCGUCUCCUGGACGUCCGGUCCGUGGUCAGACUGUCCUCGGUCAGUCGCCUCCUCCACGCGGCCACGGCCGACUCGUCCCUGUGGAGACACCUGUACCGGAGGGACUUCAGGGAUCCAGACGGAAACAGGUCCAGAGACACGGACUGGAAGGAGCUGUAUAAGACGAGCUUUAAGUCUCGCUGCGCUCUGAGACGAGCGUCGCGCCUUCGUUGUCCUCCUCCUCCUCCUCACUUCCUGCCCAGAGGAGGCUUCGGCCCCGCCUCCUCCAUCCCCCCCCCUCUGCCCCCGGGCAUCAUCGGGGGCGAGUACGACCAGAGACCCGCCCUCCCCUUCGGCCUGCUGCCCCUGCCCCGCUACGACCCCAUCGGCCCCCCCCCGGCCCUCCCCGGCCGGAGGCCACGGCGGGACGUCUUCAGGCCGGGGGACGUCCGCAGAGGCUUCAUCUGAAAUAAACACCCGCUCCUCAUCAGUCACAUGUUCAGUCACAUGUUCAGUCACAUGUUCCUCCUCAGUGACACAGCGAUGACACGAUGAUAACACAACGAUAACAUGAUAAUAACAUGAUAAUAACACAAUAACACAACGAUUACAUGAUAAUAACACAACGACAACACACCGACAACACAAUGAUAACAUGAUGAU